AUGUGCAUGGGCCGGCGGCGCAGUCCGGAAUAUGACCUCGAUGGAGGAGUAUCCUCUGCAAAAGUAUCGCACUCGUAUUGCAAUCAUGCAUUACAUGAAGGUAAAUUCGCAUUACAAAUUUUAUUUUUCAUGCUGAGGAAAUUUGUCAUGCAUUUAUACGAAUGCGAUACUUUUGCAGUUCAUAGGGAGUAACUCCGGGUGGGUAUGACAACCCAAACUAUAAUGGCGUGUCAAGCGACGAUACUUUCGACGAUGGCUGGUGUAUGUGCGACAAAACGGACUUCGUUAGAUGCGGAAGCGGAACGGAUCUGGAGAAGCUAACCCUAACGAAAACUUCCGAACCGAUAACGCAGGUCUGCGCAGACGAAUGCAAUAACCGAGGGGCCUCGUGCAAUAGCUACGUGUUCGAUCCCCUGGAAUCGGAGUACAAAAGUGGUUCUACCAAAGUGGUCUGCUUCUUUUCCGCCGGUAAGCCGACCAACGAAUAUCGGCGGCGAAUGUUUAAGAUUGAUGGCACCUCCGUUACGGGCAACUUUCGUGGCGGAGCGUACUGCGCCAUGACGUCACUUACGUUUGGGACCACCUGGAAAGACGGGUGCUGCGACGACAAAAACGCACCGGGUCGUCGGCGCAUCGGAGACAAGUUCUGCUUCAGGAAGGAGAUUUGUGCGUACUUCUGGAGUACGACGCCCACGGGGUACGGCAUCAAUUGCGAGGACGCUGCCCACGGGGGCAAGUAUGCGUCGAAUGCGAUCUCGCAGCAGCACAACGACGACGAAGCCUGCGGCAGUGCAGGCUGCGACGCGGCAAAAUGUUGCACGGCACUCGACAGCUGCGCCGCGAUAUCGUGCACUCCGAACGAAGACUGGGCGGACAGGGAUGACAAAGCCACCCGGUAUUGCGGCACGGACAGCAACGGAAACGUGAAAGACUGCAACAAACCCAAGUGUUGCGACGGAAAGUGCAAGGUCUCCCUUUGUAACCCCCUCUCCGCAAACACGCUGAAGAGCGGGUCUUCGGAGGUUCGCUGCCACGGCAGACUGUGCGAGUUUGCCGAUUGCUGCGUGGCGCGCGCGACCUGUAGUUACCAGUUUUGCGAGAACCAGAGUCGCUUGCGCGGAGAGCCAUUUCCGAAUAAAUGCGCACUAUAAAAUGCAAAUGUGUGGGGCUGCAGGUCUGGUGCUGGAAACUUCACUUUGCGUGAUGCUGGUUCGUUCUUGAAGAAUCACGAGAAAUCCACGAUUGACGGCUGAGCAUGAAUAUAAUCUUACUUUGGAGCUCUUUUUAGGUGUUGUCCGUGUAAGUAGUCCUAAUCGGUAUAAUUCUGCUUCUGCAUGAUUAUUUCUGCAUGACAGAGCAAGGAUGCUUUCGGGUAAAAAUGCACGGUGACUGCAGUAGACAUAUUUAUGUAUGAGUCAUGCUAGCCGAAGCCGAGCACGAGAAUUGCAAGCGUUGCGCUUGCAUUCUUUCAGACCAGCCAGACACACAUACGACAUUCGCAAUGCAUACGCGGGCUCAGUCUGCAAUUCGGACGACCUCUACACGUGCUGCGACCACACUUGCAAAAGCAAAGAGGCCACUUGCAACGCUGCGAAGUACCUAACGAAGGGAAACCCAGAAGGCAUAAGAUGCAGUGCCGGGGCUGACAAUUGCAGCAACGACGGGACGGAUUGUUGUACCCGGAGAGCGCAAUGCAAGACGGACCCAAACUUCUGCAGUACGGUCAGCACAGCCGCGGUGGCAGAGGGAGGCUAUGUCUCGAUUGCCGCGCAGCAAAAUACCUAUUGCCCAGGACAAGCCUGCGACAAGACCGGGGCGGAUGCGACGACGUGUUGCAAGGUGAAGCAGUGCGUCUGCGCUUCCGAUCCGGAGCGGGCCGCGACGGGCGCCGAAUGUCCCGUGGACGGAAACAAUUUCUGCCUCACAUGUCCAGACGGCUUCAGCAAGAACGUGUUGGGCCAGAACACGCAGACCUGCGAGGCAAAGGUGUGCCGAUGCACGCACGGUGCGCGCGUAGAGGGAAAUAUAAAUAACGGCACGCAAGUCUGCAACAACGCAGGCGAUCACAUUUGCGUAGCAACCGGAUGCGACGAGGGUUACGAGUUCCAGCCCGAAAGCAAUACUUGUGCGGAGAAGGAGAAGGAGCAGGAGGUGCUUGUGAAUGAGACCGUGACCCAAAACGCGACCCCAGUGGCGACUGCAAAAAAAACCGAGGACGACGAGGGCGUGGCCGCUGCGGAGAGUGUCAGCUACAUCUCACUGCCCAAGCUCAUCGUCGUUGGUGUCGGUCUCGGGGUGCUCGGUAUGCAGUCUUGCAAACACGUCUGGGUCUGGGAAGGGUCGUGCAACUUGUCACGCGACGCCACAAAAAAAUCUGUGCUGCAUGAUCAAAGAAGGAACCGCACAAGUUGUUGCCCACUUCUUGUCCAAAAAGAGGCUGAGCCGGAUUUCUCAUGCGGGAUAGGCAACAUCAAGGAGGUCUUGCAAAUAAAUCUGUGAGCAAGAUGUUGCUUCUGUGUCGUGCAUAUCAGACCAUGCGCAUGGUCCGCGAGUAGAUGCAUGUUGACUAGUCUUGUUGUUGUUGCGCCCUUCCUAACCGACACCCAGAUAUUAUUUGCACUUGAUAGUCGGCUACUUUGCUGGCAAUCGGAUGGGGUUAUUUGGUGGGGGAGAAGCAGCGCCACCUCCUUAGGUGGUGUUCAAAAGUCUACCCCCUUGAGAUCCCGCGCGUAAGGACUUUUUCAAGAAUCUGAGUCGACCUAGUUCAGUUUGUGAUUCUGAACAACGCAUGUCUUCUUGCUUCUACAGGCG